CGGCAUAGUAGAGCCUGGUUUCAAAGUUUCAGGUAUGUCUUGCUGAUUCCAUUUUGGGCUCCACGUGCAUAGAGCAUCAUAGAGCGAGGCGAUACUGAGAGGCUUGCUUGCCUGGCAACCCGAACCUUCCUGCCAGAGCCAUGGAGUGCUUUGAGGCAUCCGGUGCUGCCAAGCGCCGCCGCCUGACAUGCCGCGCAAUGCCUGCCGAUGGUGUGGAGGUGGAGAAGGAGAGAAGUGCAGAGCAGGAGGCCGGCCCCGAAAGACCAGGGAAAGGGAUGUCGAAGAUCGAGAUGGAUGAUUUGUGGAUGCAGUUGAAGAGGCAGACGGAAGACAUGGAACAUCACAUCCACCGCCUGGCCCGCUGCGACAUGCAAGAGAGCGUGACUGCAGAAGAGCCAGUUGCUGAUAGUGUGAAGGCCACGAAUGAAGCAGGCGCUGAGCGGGAAAUCAUGCUCUCAUCCGCAGACGGAAACCAUGUUACGCAAGGCCUGGAAGUCUUUGAAUCUGUGGGAGUGCCAAGUGAGGAGGCGCCAAGAGACGAAAAGACCAAAAAAGUCCCAGUUGCAAUAGCUGCUGAGCAUCUCCUGCUGCUUGAGGUGGAGCAGAAACCAGCUCAGUUCAGGAGAUACCAGCUGGCAAAGCAAAGUGGGGUGCCGAACAUCACUUGGAGCACCGACUCCUUGGCAUGGAAGGUUAAAUUUCCGAAAGUUGAUUCCAAAGGCGAAUUUAUCAGCUGGACUUCACGAGGAUUUGCUGUGGCGAAGUUCAUGGUCCAAGGGCGCAGUGAGGCCGAGGCCGAUGCAGCAGCUCUUGAGGCCGCAAAGGCCUUCCACGCGGAGCUGGUCAAGAAAGGGUUCCUUAGAGAGCCCAGGUUGAAGGACCCCGAGUUCACCAGCGAAGUGCUUGGUGUCUCAUGGGCAAAGAAAGAGAAAACGUGGAAGGUGCUGUUGUGGCCGAGCAAAAGGAAACGAAUUUAUGGCGGCUGCUUCACCGAGAAGGCAGCGGCUGAGGCCAAGGCUCUUGAGCUGCGGGAGAAGCAUGGCUUGCAGCUCCAGGUGAAGCCUGUGCCUACGUUGGCAAACAGACAUGCUGGGUUGCCGGUGUUCCACCCCAAGGUGUCAUACCCAGGGGUGACGUGGGACCUGCAAAAUCAAAAAUGGUGUGCGAGGUGCUGUGUUGGUGGAGCCCGUCGACAUUUCGGGGUGAGGCCCAAGGACCACUCAGAGGCGGAGCUGGAGCGCUCCUUCAAGGAGGCUGUUGCCUGGAAGAAGAAGCAGGAGAAAGAGAAGAAAAGAAAGGCAGUGAAGCCCAAGGCGAAGCCUCGGAAGAAAUAGCGAAGGUGAGUGCAAAAGGCAAGAUCCUGGCUUAUUUUAAAGUCUAUCACAGUACAGAACAUUCGCAUCUAGCAGGUUUCACAGAGGAUAAUCUCCGCUUGCCAAUGUUUAGUUUAGGUUAAAAUGGCUUAUGUUCAUCUAGCUGGCUUCACAGAGGAAAAUCCCCGCUUGCCAGUUUUGAGUUUUUGAAAUUGAAAUCGAUCAUUUCGCAUAAUUUGGAUUCAUAGAUUG